UUAUUUGUGUUAUUCUUUGGGACCGCGAUCCAUCUUAGUUGUGGAUUAAUUGGUUUAGGAGCCAAUUUUGUUGGAUGUCUAUAAGAAAAGAAAUCGUAGAAGGUAAACCGCUGUAUGUUGGACGGGCCCAGCAGAAAAUGGAACGUCAACAAGAAUUGAAACUCCGUUUUGAAGCAUUAAAAAUGGAAAGGCCUAAUCGUUAUCAAGACAUAAAUUUGUAUGUCAAAAAGUUGGAUGAUACAAUUGAUGAUGAACGUCUUCGCAAAGAAUUUUCACCAUUCGGCACAAUAACCUCUGCUAAAGUAAUGAUGGAAGAAGGUAGAAGCAAAGGAUUUGGAUUUGUGUGCUUUUCUUCCCCUGAGGAGGCAACCAAAGCUAUGACAGCAAUGAAUGGACGUGUUGUUGGCUCGAAACCACUGUAUGUAGCAUUAGCUCAACGUAAGCAGGAUCGUAAGGCCCAUUUAACGUUGCAGUAUAUGCAGACAAUGGCUAAUAUGCGUAUGCACCAAAUGGGUAAAUUUAUCCAGCCAGGAGCUUCACGAGGAUAUUUCGUACCAACUAUCCCAACUAUCCUGCCAACUCAGUGUUUCUGUGGACAGGCACAGAAAACUCAAAUCAGAACCAGUCCAAGGUGGCCAGCUCAAACUCCUGUUAGACCGUCUGGCCAAGGAGGAGCCACUGUUUACCCUGGCAUGCCUAAAACGUACAGAGCUGCUGCAAGGCCACCAAAUCAGUCGACAAGCAUGUGCAGCAAUAUUAGUGUUCCAAGGCCGAUCACAGGACAACAGUCACCAAAUAUACAAGGUCGUUCGCUUCCAGAACACUACUACUACUACUGCUCAAAAUCGUACCCCUAACUUUGAAUACAUUUCUAACCUCAAAAAGUAUCUAAGAGAAAAAUAAAUAGAUAGAUUUUUAUAUACCUAUGUCUACAGCUGUCAGUCUUCGUGGUUCCUACCUUAAAAUUUUGGAAAGUAAAUACACUAUCUCUAGGACAUCCCAGUAUUGGUACAGGUAUUUUAUAUACAUGAAAUUAUCACAGAUUUUCAAGGUCAAAAGAUCAUUUAAGUAAACUCCAAGUACCCUAUUCGAUCACUAGAAGGUAGCAAAGUUGGAUUUUUUUAUUUUCUCUAAUAAGAUUUUAUCCAAUUACCUAAAUCAAAUUUGGUGUUUUAAAAUUUAUCUGUCACUUUCAGGCUGUAUAACCGAAUUAAGUUUUUGUGGGUAACCUUACAGUUUCAUUUCUUAGUUUAUAAUAAAGAUAAGUCCUUUUUUCAUGUUACUUCUUUUCAAGUAUUUCUAACGAUUUUGGUGUAAUUAGUAAUACAAUUUAGCAAUAACAAAAAAUAAUCGCACUCCUUUCAAAUUGGGAAUAUUCUGUAAAUUAUGAAGAGUAAUUUCUUAUCAAAUUUAUCAAAUUAAUGCUUCUUAUAUGUAUAAGAAUAAUAACAAAAGAUUCAAAUUUGAUAGAUCACACUUUAGAGAAUGUAAGAAAUCAGAGAUGACUCAGAUGACUGGGAUAUUUUAUUCUCAGCUACCUAUGUGUUACUAAAAAAUUGUUAUCGCAAUAAUAAUUUUCGUGAAAGAACAUUUGAAAUUCUGAAGUUUCUGAUAUUGACAAAACCAUUAGGUGUUAUCAAUCUUUCCUUGAUAAUUAAAUCAGAUCUGCACUGAAAAUGCGUUGAAGAUAAUUAAUAAAACAAUUCAUUACAUAAAAAUUGUUCGAAAUACAAAAAAAUUAUGAAAGAAAAAACUUGUAGGAAGCCCUUGUCUCUGCGAUAAAAAACGGAGUUGUAGAGUAACUUAUUUUGUUCAGUGGUACAACGGGUAUCUUUCCCAUUUAUAUAAAUCCAGUAAGUGCGGUUGCUAUGUCAAAAAGUGACAUCUAUACUCAGGUAUUGGAAUUCUAAAUUUAAUUUAAAUUGGACAAACCAUUAAUAUAACGAUAAUUGCAUGGUAUACCUUUUUUACAUAAAAAAAAAUUGGAAAAUGAAAAAUAGAGGCAGAUCUACUUAGGAGCCAAAAAUUAUGAUAUUUUAAAGACAUGCAAAAUACUGCAAGGGGUGCCCUCUAAUAAGUAACAGCAAAAUUAUAGUCGGAUUUGGAUUUGUCGCCAUAAAGAAUCUCCGAUCCCCAAAAUUUAUGCAAUAUAUGUAACUUUAAAAAGAUUAUAUGAAAUAAAUUUUUAUUUUGA